UCCAUUUACAACAUAUACAAGUGGAGAUUGUCUGUUUAAAAAUGACUGUAAAUUUAUCGUUUGUGAUUAUUAUUUCAAUAUUAUCAAUUUUUCCUGCAAGAUCCACCGAUGAAAUUUAUGUCUCUCCUUUUAUAUACGACGUACAAAACAACAUUGAUACAGUGAUUUGCAUAAAAGGAUUGGUAUCGACAAUGGAUAUGAUAAAAAAGGUUUCAUGUAACGUAAUGGAUUUGGAUUCACGAAUAGUCAUAAAUACUAAUUUAAAUCUGAGUAAUACACUUACGGUUUUGGCACAUUUCGAAACUCCUACGCUCUUAGGGGCUUUCAAGAUUCAAUGUUCAACAUUUGGAUCAUUUAUAAACUUCGAUGGUAAUUUCAUACUUGUAAAUAGUCUACAUUUGAUAGUUGGAAAUGUAGAACCAAGUACUAUAAAACUUGGGGAAAGUGUUUCAUUCAAAUUGGAAAUAUUUAACUUGACCGAGCCUGUCCCUUUAAUGUGCCAUAUAACAGACGGAGAAGAUUACAUAGUUUUGCCAACAAACUCUAUAAAUGGAAAUAAACUAUCCACGUGGGUAAUUUGCCCCGAGUACAAACUUAGUAGAGCUACUGAAUAUCAAAUAACAGUUGUGUACUCGAUAGACGCAAUCAAUGCUAUGUUAAGCUCAAAUAAUUUCAAAGUAGUCACAGUUCAAGCCAAUUAUCCAAAAGUAGUAAAGUCUGGGUUUACCAAAGAUUUAAGAACAAUUUGGUUUCAAUUUGAUCAGAAUGUAGAAGGGCCAAAUUCAUGUAAUGACAUAUUUACGCCAAAUACGUCAACUCAAAUCGGUUACGAUGCUGUUUGUUGGUUCUCAUCGGCUUAUUUAACUGUACUUCUUGGAAAUAUAAAAACUGUCAAAGAUAACAAAUUAACUAUUCAAUUUUCUUCGAACAAUAAUAUACGAUCUUACAGGUCGUGGCCUAAAUUAAGUUCAUCGAUGUUGAAUAAUGAAAUAAUUAUACCUAUAGUUUCUUCUGAGGUCACAUCUCCAGUGUAUUGGCUGUACGGGCCUCGACAGUUUUGCAAUACUCACCAUGAAGACAUCCUCGAAACUUCACAAUUCAACCGACUACCCGUAUAUAAUUGUACCGGGUCACAAACCAUUUUUGUAUCAACAAGCGGUUCUCUAAUGCUCAAGUACAGUUCAAUUUUAAGUUUCAACGACCUCUCGGAUUCAGCACACGUGUCAAUAGACGAAUCUUUACAACACGCUUCUUUAGUGAGAAACAGUGUCAGAAGUCUUGUAAUAAUGAUGAAUCGACAAGAUUUCACCGCCGGCGUCUGUUUAAACAGCGUUUUGAUGUUGCCAUACGUAGAAUACACUUUGGAAGUAUCGGGCACUAAUAUUUUGAACCAAACGGGCCCGAAGAGUCACCUGAUGUUCAAAUUAAUCGAAACGAACGGCGUUAAAUCCCAACUGAAAUUACAAAUAAUGGCAAGCCCAACUUCUACUAUUGGGUCUGAAGCUGUUUUUGAAACUGUGUUGUAUCCAACUUGCGGUGAACCGACCGAAGACAGUUAUAAUAAUUUACAAUUUAGUUGGUACCUGAUAACUGAUGACAUCAAGAACACUAUAAUUGGCGUCAAUGGUCCAGUAUUAAUAUUAGACACAAAAAGAUUUGGUCGAAGCAAAAACUAUACUAUCGGCUGCGAACUAUAUGACGAAAUCGUUACCCCGGAAACACAAAGAACAGCAUUAGCAAAGGACGAAAUUCAAUUUGGAAUUAAACCAUUUGAUGCAAAAACAGUUAUCGUACCUCAACAAAUAGUCGUACCAUUUGGUCGUUCAAUCCACUUACAGACAAAACAUCAAAACUAUGUUACGAUGGGAGAUGUACAAUACAAGUGGCUUUGUAAGACAACUAAUGGUGAUGAUUGUUUAAUGGUUGGAAACUAUCCCGCAUUGAAAGAAGCUAUGGAUGAUAAGUCAUUUACAACCUCUUCUGAAUUAAUAAUCCGUGAAUUGACCUUACAACCAGGAAGGUAUUACUUUGUGGUUCAAAUAUCAUUAUCUGGUAUUCCAGUUGACUCAGCCGUAUCAGUGGUAGUGGUAUCUUAUGAACAUGGUCCACACAUAAUGUUUUAUUGGCCCAUUCAAAAUUUCAACCCAAGUACACCUUUUCCACCUGGAAGCAGCUUUUUACUAGCAGCCUCUGUCUCUUAUUUGACUGCUGAUUGUAUAACUUCUUGGACAACGUCAUCAGACUCUGGCUAUAAUUAUUUAACGUCCAAGCAAAUGGGUGGUAAAAAUAAAGUUGUUAGAGAAUUCACGCAAGGUCGAAAUGAAACAUUUUCACAUGAUGUCCGUCUCGUAGUGACGUUGCCAAAUAAAACUGAACAAAAUACAGAUUUUUUACUGAAACUAAAUGCUCACUGUGCAUCUAUAAAACAUUCUAUGUACGGGGUCGUGCCUAUUUCGUUGGUCGCUCCGCCACGAAUAUUUAAAUUCGAAGUAACACCAACGGAAGGAAUUGGUUUAUUGACCAAGUUCAAAUUUUAUACAAAUAACGCGUACGAUACAAAAUUAAAUCAUCCCAUCCGGUAUAGUUUUGGGUUUUAUGUACCAACUCUAACAUCUUUACCGAUAUAUUUUUAUUCAUCAACUUUUCGAUUACAAACAGAAUCGAUUCUUCCCUCAGUCAAGCUGGGUACAUCAAAAGUGAAAACAGUUUUGAAAGCAUGCAAUCGUUACGAAAGUUGCAGUAUAACUGAAGGUCCAGAAAUAUAUAUUCAUAGUCCAACCCAAGUAGUAGAUGCAGAUGCAGCGUAUUUUAUUAAAAAAUACAGACAGCUAUUAAUGAAACAAAUGUUAACUGAAUCGGAAGCAUACAAAAUUAUAUUUAUGACAACAUUGAAAAUUUUUAAAACCGAACUGUAUGAGAAAACUGCUCAAAAGCUAUUUAAUGUUAUUUCUACUCACAUUAAUAAAGACAUUUUAGAAAGUAUAUCCUACGGAAAAGAAUACAUUCCAAUUGGUUUAGCAUUAUUGGAUUCAAUCACUCGAACUUUUUUUGUUCUGCCGAAGUUUAAUAACAUAAUUAUGUCACAAUCUUUGAUAUCAUUACGUGAUCGAAUUUAUACAAAAUUAUUAGUGUACGACAAUGAUAAACUGAUGUCAUCGACUGAAAUGAAUAAUAUUGAAUACAUCAUUAAGAAUGUGAAUUCUUAUUCACCGAAUAUUUACUCGAGUACGAAAUUCAACACCGAAAUUGUGAAAUUAUUUUUACAAAUCUCAGAGAUUGUGAUAUUAAAUCAAGCGGACGAAUCUGAUGGGUUAAAUGAGAAGAAGAAAUUGAUUGAUAACGUUGAAAAUUAUGCCAAGCAUGUUUGUUUGACAUUAAGUGAACAACAAGAAAUAUACGUGGGAUCAUUGGUGGGGAGUUUCAGUGCACGACAAGUAAACAAUGUCGAUUUAAUAGAAGCGUCUGUUGACAUACCAACUUGUAACUCAGAUUUCCACAAAAAAUGCAUUAAACAAAAAUCCAAGAUUAUGAUCGAUAAAAACUUAUUUAUAUCUCAUAGAAACGAUUUUCCAUUGUGUUUUAUGAGUUUCCAUUUUUAUGAUGAUUUUUUUACCCAAGUCUAUGGUAAUAAUGGUCAAUUUCUUAAAAGGCAUAGUGGAUUGUAUGGAUUUCAUAUCAUGAAGAUGAAUAAUAAAGCAAAAUCUAACUAUGAAAAUGUUGUUUCAAGUCCAUCGAAUAUAUUAAAUAUUAUUGAAAUCCCAUUGCAAUCAUCAACUGAUACUCAAAUUGAAUGCAGGUAUUGGAAUGGUAUACUUGGUUGGACUAAGGAAGGAUGUAAACUUCUUGGAGUAACUACUAAAUAUUUUUCUAAAUUUGCUAAUUGUGAAUGUCCAGCUUUUAAAUAUUAUGGAAUAUUUUCUUUGGACGUUACAAAUAUUCCAUUAGAUAGUUCCAUAUCAGAUUCUAAUCACAAUGUCAUGGUAUAUGAUCAUAAUAAGAUAAAGUAUUUAAAUAAUGCUUCGAAAACUACAAGAUUUCUUUCGGAUGUUUAUGUUGCAUUUAAAAUUAAUGGAAAUCCUGCAGAUUUUUAUGACCAAAAUCUUAGUGAUUUAGAAAAUUCUUUAAGUAGACAACUAACGGAAAAAAUGCCAUCACUUUCUUUGAUUAUGAAAGAAUUAAAAAUUAUUAUGAGUGAACCAAUGUACAUAUCUAUGCAUUUAAUGCAAAAUUUAAAUAUUUCAACAGACGAAUCUAUACAAGAUCUCGUUAAAAAACUAGCUAAUGGAUCAUUGAUUUUAUAUGAUUUGCAUAGAUACAGAUUAUAUGUACCAGAACAACCAUUGCGAAUUAUGCAGCCACGUAACACAGAAUUUGACAGCGUGGGAAAAAAUAUUGCGUUAUUCUUCGCAAUAUUUGUUGCUUUUCUGGCCUGUUUUGUGUUUGGUUCGAUAAUACUUAAACGACAUCAACUACUUACAGAUAUUUCAGACGUUCAACAAAAUCUAAAAAAAGAUGAUUCUAUAAAAAGACCAAGAUACAAAAAAUUAGAGUCCACUGAAUUAAUCGAACAAAAUGCAAAUUCAGAACAAAGAUUUCGGCAUUUUAACAGCAAUGUGGAACUUUCGGACUCUGGUAUCACUUUGCAUUCUGAUAGAACUCAGAUAAAUUUAUUACAACAACUUCAUUAGAUUAUGAUCAAAUUUCACAGGUUGGAGG